AAUUAGAAACAAGAUUUUUCACAGAAUGACUGAUAUUCAAAGUGUUGUAAAUAAAGAGAAAGCUGACUUAGCAUAUACAAGUUUACAACAUAUAUGUCAACUUGAUGUUGACUCUACACCUAAUAUUAUUAGAAAAACUGGCAUCAUAUGCACGAUAGGCCCAUCAUCUAGAUCAGUUCAAGUUCUUAUAGAAAUGAUUAAAGCUGGAAUGAAUAUUGCAAGGCUUAAUUUUUCCCAUGGAAAUCAUGAUUAUCAUGCAGAAACAAUUAAAAAUAUAAGAGAAGCUAUAAAUACUUUUAAACCUAAAGUUCCAGUAGCAAUUGCAUUAGAUAUAAAGGGCCCUAAAAUUAGGACAGGAAUCUUAGAACCUAAUAUAGAAGAAAUUGAAUUAAAAGAAGGAAAACAAUUAAGAUUGACAGUUGAUAAAACCUAUUCCAAAAAAUGUAACUCGGAUUUACUGUAUAUUGAUUAUCCAAAGUUAAUAACUUCUGUCUAUAAGGGAAAUAAAAUAUUUAUCGAUGAUGGUUUAAUAUCACUAUCAGUUCAAGACAUAGGCGAGGAUUACGCUCAAUGCAUUGUUGAAAAUGGCGGUAGAAUUGGAAGUUUCAAAGGAGUUAACUUGCCCGGUGUCUCUGUCGAUUUACCACCCUUAUCCGAGAAGGAUAUAAGCGAUAUUCAUUUCGGGAUCGAGAAUGACGUGGAUAUGGUAUUCGCCUCGUUUGUGCGGGACGCCAACGGCGUUAAAGAAGUUCGUAAAGCAUUAGGAGAUACCGGUAAAAAGAUUCUCGUUAUAUCUAAAGUCGAAUCUCAUCAAGGCCUUAAACAUAUCGAUGAGAUCAUAAAGGAAUCGGACGGAGUAAUGGUGGCUAGGGGGGAUAUGGGAAUCGAGAUCCCUCCUGAAAAAGUAUUUUUGGCCCAGAAAAUGAUUAUCGGUCGGUGUAAUUUAGCUGGAAAAUCGUGCAUUUGUGCCACUCAAAUGCUAGAGAGUAUGAUAGCAAACCCCAGACCCACCCGCGCAGAAGUGAGCGAUGUAGCUAACGCUGUGUUGGAUGGAGCCGAUUGCACAAUGCUGAGUGGUGAAACGGCAAAAGGAAAAUAUCCCGUCUUAUCUAUCAAUAUCAUGGCCAGGAUAUCCCUUGAAGCCGAAGCUGCCUUAUUUCAUAAACAAUUUUUCCAGUCUAUCGUGGAAGAAACUAAGACACCUGUCGCUACAGUCGAAGGUAUUUCUAUAGCUGCAGUAGAGGCUUCCUUCAAAUCUAACGCUAAAUGCAUUAUAACCCUGACACAAACAGGAAGGACUGCUACUGCAUUAUCGAAAUUUAGGCCAAAAUGCGUUAUAUACGCUGUUACUCGUUCAUGGAAGGUGUGCGUUCAAUUACAUCUUUAUAGAGGAAUAAUACCAAUAUUUUGCCAAGAUCCCCCCUUAAAAGAUUGGUGUUCCGACGUUGAUCACAGAGUUAAAUUAGCUGUCAAUCAUUGCAAAGAUUCUAAAGUCUUAAAAACCGGUGAUACCAUGAUUUUAGUUACGGGUUGGAAAGAGGGUUCCGGGUUUACCAACACUAUGCGCAUAGUCCCAGUGGAUUGAAAUCGUUUUUUCUAUGAAUCUCCUUUUAUCAUCAUUUUUUAUAUGCAUUUUGGUUCAAUCAUCGCUAAUCAAUAUUUUUUAUGAUUCAUGACCCCAUCUCAGUAUUAAUAUUUUUUUAUACAGUAUUUCAAACAUUUUUUUUCAUAUAACCAAACUAGAGAAAAUAGGUGACUAAAAUUUGCCUGCUCAAAAUGAGACAUUUUUUAACAAUUAAUCUACAGAAAUGAUAAUUGGUUAAUUAUAUAUUUAUUUUUAUCUACGAAUGAUAUUUAUAGAAAAUUUUAUUUAUUUAUUGUUUAAUGAUUUUUUAUUUAUAAUGACAUUUAAAAUAAGCAUAAUAGUUAUUGAAUUUCACACCAUCAUAUACUUUA